CAGGAUGAAACUGGGUGGGAGGAUCCCGUUUGCCUCUUCCCCUGAGCAGCUGAGGCUGGGGGAGUCCUGGGGGGUCAUGGAUAUGGUGAAUGCAGCAUCAGCGACCCUUCAGGAUCCCCCCCGCCCCGUUUACGCUCUGUUCUCCGGGCCCUGAAGGGUUAACGGGCGGCUGGGGAGGGCUGGGCGCACCUUUGGGGCUGGAUAUUAAUAACGCAGGGGAGGGACGGGAGGCGAAGGAGGGGGGGAAGCCUCGCCCGGCCCCCCCAGAGCUGUGCAGGCGAUGCCCGAUCGUCCCGAGUCUCCGCAGCCACCGCCGGGAUGGAGCCACCGAGGGGCUGCAUGGCCCGGUGGAGGGGUCAGGGAGGUCCCAUUCCCCACGGGGGACCCCACGGUGCUGGCGCUCUCUGCUCCCGCAGGUGGCCGUGGCGGCUGCUGCUCCUGGCCUGGCUCUACCUGGGCUGCAGCGUUGGCUCCGCGCAGGAGCCAGCCCUGGGGACACUGACGGGGGUCCCCGAGCCCCCAGCCCCUGCUCGGCCCCGACGGCAGCCGGCUCGGGGCGCAUGGGGAUCUUGGGGACCCUGGAGCUCCUGUUCCAGCUCCUGCGGGGACGGCGUCGCCCUGCGCACCCGGAGGUGCCUGCGGUCUGCCGAGGAGGAGCCGUGCACGGGCGACCCGCGACAGUACCGGCUCUGCCAGCUCCAGGUGAGCGUGGCGAGGGUGAUGGCACCAGUAUGGCCAACCCCAGUCCCAGUCCCUGGGGUCCCAUCCUGCUGCUCCCGCAGGGCUGCCCCGGUGGCUCGGUGCCCUUUCGUGCCAUGCAGUGCUCCCUCUACGACAACAAACCUGUCCUGGGCACGACGGCGCGGUACCGCUGGGUGCCCUUCCACGGAGCCCCCAACGUCUGCGACCUCAACUGCUUGGCCGUGGGGCACAACUUCUACUACAGCUUCGGCCGCGUGCUGGAUGGCACCCGCUGCGGCCCCGGCUCCCCAGACCUCUGCAUCAGCGGGCGCUGCCUGAGCGUGGGCUGUGAUGGGAUCCUGGGCUCGGGCGCGAGGCCCGACGCCUGCGGUCAGUGCGGUGGUGGCCACGACACAUGUCUCUUCGUGCAUCGGCUCUUCCAGGGCGCGGACCCCUCCUCCGGUUAUUUUGGGUACAUGAACGUGACCAAGAUCCCGGCUGGGGCCACCCACAUCAAGGUGACGGACAAAAGCCGCAACUACCUGGCGGCCGUGGGUUUCGGGAAGGAGCUGGAGCGAGGCCAGAGCGGCCACCGCUGGACCAGGGCGCGCAGGCCCCUCUCCAGUCCCCGUCCCGAUGCAGUCAGGGGGCCCUGUUCCCCGCUGGGACCACGGCCGGGGGGCUCGGGAGCGCUUUGCACGCCGGGGUUUGGCUCCGGCUUGGGACCAAAGCCAAGUUCUUACAAGAAAACAGAUUUCUCCCAAGCCCCGAGCGCAGCUCUCCCAGCCCACGCUGCCCUCCCUGCUCCGGGAGAGGCCUCCGGUGGGGACCCAGGCAUCCGGGCUGCACCCAGCCCAGCCCAGCACCAGGGCUCCAGCACCCUGCAGUGCUCGGCCACGCUCCCUCCCGCAGCCCUGAUGACGAGCGAUGGGCGCUACGUGCUCAACGGGGACUGGUCCAUCGCCUGGCCGGGGCCCUACGAGGUGGCCGGCACGCGGCUGCUCUACGCCCGGGAUCGCGAUGGCACCGAGAGCCUGGAAGUGCCUGGGCCCACGGAUGAAGAUUUGCACUUGAUGGUCCUGCUGCAGGAGCCCAACCCUGGCAUCGAGUACGAGUUCUGGCUGCCCCACGGGCACCCCCAGCCCGGCCGUGGUGACACCAGCCCCCUGCGGCAGCCCCAGCCCCGGGGGGCCGGCAUCCCCCCGCCCCGGGAGCCCCCCGUGACGCCAGCCCAGCCUGGGGGCUCUGCCACGGAGCGGCCGCUGCGGAGCCCCCCCGGCCGCAGCGGGGACGGAGCUGCUGCAGUGCGAUGCGGGAGGUGCCACACGCCCAAGGGACGCUCCCAACGCAUCUGGCACUUCUGCCAGAGCGACUUCGUCUUCCAGGGCUGGAUCCUGGCGCGGCGCUUGGUGGGGCAGGAGACGCGCUAUGAGGUGGAGGUGAAAACCCCGUACCGGCACCGGUUCCCGCUGGUGCGCCGAGAAUACGUGUGGGUGCCCAACACGUGCGACUGCCCCCCGCUCCGGGAGGGCGGCGAGUACCUGCUCAUGGCACAGCGGCACGUCAACCACGAGCACACGCUCAACCGCAUCCUGCUGCGCGACGAUGGCUACGCCCGGCCGUGGACGCCCCGCGAGGACCGGCUUGUGCGGGAGGCAGCUCGGCAUUGUCCCCAGCCGCGACCACCCUGAGCCCCCCAUGGGCUCCAUCGCCCCAGAGGGGGCGGCCGGUGGGACCCCGAGGGUGAACCCAGGGCUGGAAACGCUCCAGCCGUGAGCUGAGCCCUUUCCGUCCGCCCCACGCUGGGCACGGCACCAUCCUUGGGGUCCACUUGGUUGGGGGUGGGGAGAGGAGGGGGGUAAUUUAUUGUUUUUGCAGAAAAUAAACCCAUAUAUCGCCUCCCUCGCUGCGUGCCCCAUCCUGGCUGGAGCUGACCCAGGGUAUCCUUGCCCUCCCCACCCCGAGGUGCCCGGGCAGGGGCAUCUCAUCCUGCACCCCCCCGCUGAGCCCCCACCCAGCAGUGUGUCCCGCAGAUGGACACCUGCCAGGCUCUGCUUUUCGAGGUCAGGAACCUGCCACUUAUCUCCUCUCCGGCGGAGGCGAGUGGGUCCCUCCCUGUGGCAGAGCCCCCGCGCCCAUAACUUGACUGCGGGGCCCUUGCAGGGACAGCCACCCCGGGGCGCACCCCCCGCUCAGCGCUGCUGGGUGGGCUUCCACCAUCUCGGGUGGGCUCAGAGCCAGAGAAGGGCUGAGCUCUCCCAGCUCGUGUCACUGUUCCCAAACUGGGCACGGGGGCUGGGGAUGCAGGUGGGAGGAACCUGGGGUGGGCGAUUUGGGGUGCUCUGGGUGAGAGCUGCCAGAGGGUUGUUAGUAUAAUGGAUAAUUAAUGACCAGGAGGCAGAGAUGAUCCUUGGGAGUGACUGGGGGUCUGCGCUGGGCUCCCCAGCUCGCCCCAGCAAAGCCUGGGUGACACCAGGUGCUCUGGAGCACAGGUGAAGGCACCUUGGGAUGAAUAGAAAGGUGCUUCCUCCCUAUAAAAGUUGCCCUUCCCACUCCUAUGGCUGAUUUGGGGCUGCUGAGGGUUUGUUGUCUGCUUUGCUCCUGGGGUGUCCCCGUUGGUCUGCCCCAGACAUGGCGGGUUUGGAGAUGGUGACCCCGCGUGCAAAGAGGCCGCGCUGGGAGAGCAGAGGGGACCUGGGGCUCUCGGUGCCCAGGGUUGGGCCUCACCGUCGGGCCAAGAGCCGGCAGAGAGAAGGGGAUGGGGGGCAGCGUUGCUGGGAUCCCAAGGAACAUGUCCCGUGUCCCACCUUGAUGCCUGUGACCCCCGGGAAGGGCCGGAUGGCGAAGCUGCGUCUCGAUGGAGAGCGUCGCAGGCUAGCGUCUGCUUCCCCCUGCCCUACGGAACGGGAGCCUGCGAGCCCCCCAUUGCAGCCCUGCUACAAGGGCACCUACUUCUCGGGGCUCCCUGAGGAUGAGUGCCAGGACCCCGCUGCCCCCAGCCUGCUGGUCCCAGUUGUCCCAGCACCCAGCAGGGCUGGUCCCCGAAAGACCCGCAGCGCACCAGAGUGCACCCUCGU